CAUCCUUGAUCACCUCCCCCUCGAGCCCGAGCUUCCUCGUCACCGCACUCCCUGUCCCCCCGGCCGCUCGCUCGAUCCUGUCAUCACGAGCACGUGAGAGGCUUGAUCUUGAGGCAGAGAUGGGCUCGGAAGCGCUGCCGGAGACCGUGGCGGAGGCCGGCAAGCAGGGCGCCGCCCUGACAGACGCCUGGGACUACAAGGGCCGCCCCGCGGCCCGCGCCACCACCGGCGGGUGGGGAUGCGCCGCCAUGAUCCUAGGCGCGGAGCUGUUCGAGCGGAUGACGACGCUGGGCAUCGCGGUGAACCUGGUGCCGUACAUGACCGGCACCAUGCACCUGGGCAGCGCCGCCUCCGCCAACACCGUCACCAACUUCAUCGGCACCUCCUUCAUGCUCUGCCUCCUCGGCGGCUUCAUCGCCGACUCCUACCUCGGCCGCUACCUCACCAUCGCCGUCUUCUCCGCCGUCCAAGCCACCGGCGUGAUGAUACUGACGAUCUCGACGGUGGCGCCGGGGCUGCGGCCGGCGGCGUGCGGGGACGCGACGGGGCAGAGCCCCGACUGCGUGCCGGCGAACGGGACGCAGCUCGGCGUGCUGUACCUGGGGCUGUACAUGACGGCGCUGGGGACAGGCGGGCUCAAGUCGAGCGUGUCCGGGUUCGGGUCGGACCAGUUCGACGAGUCCGACGACGGCGAGCGCAAGAUGAUGAUGCGCUUCUUCAACUGGUUCUACUUCUUCGUCAGCAUCGGCGCGCUGCUGGCCGUCACCGUGCUGGUGUACGUGCAGGACAACGUCGGCCGCCGGUGGGGCUACGGCGUCGUCGCCGUGGGCAUCCUCUGCGGGCUGGGCGUGUUCCUGUCCGGCACCCGGAAGUACCGGUUCAAGAAGCUCGUGGGCAGCCCGCUGACGCAGGUCGCCACCGUGACGGCCGCGGCAUGGAGGAAGCGCUCCCUGCCGCUGCCGUCCGACCCGAGCAUGCUCUACGACGUGGACGACAAGGCCGCCGCCGGCGAGGACCUCAAGGGCAAGCUGAAGCUCCCCCACAGCAAGGAGUGCCGAUUCCUCGACCACGCAGCCGUCGUCGACCGGGAGUCGCCCGCGGCGGCGAGCAGCUGGACGCUGUGCACGCGGACGGACGUGGAGGAGGUGAAGCAGGUGGUGCGCAUGCUUCCAAUCUGGGCCACCACCAUCAUGUUCUGGACCAUCCACGCGCAGAUGACCACCUUCGCCGUGGAGCAGGCGUCCGUCAUGAACCGCGCCAUCGGCGGCUCGGGGUUCCUCAUCCCGGCGGGCUCGCUCACCGUCUUCCUCAUCGGCUCCAUCCUCCUCACCGUGCCCCUCUACGACCGCCUCGUGGCCCCCGUGGCCCGCCGCGUCACCGGCAACCCGCACGGCCUCUCCCCGCUCCAGCGCGUCUUCGUCGGCCUCUUCCUGUCCAUCGCCGGGAUGGCCGCCGCCGCGCUCGUCGAGCGGUACCGCCUCACCGAGUCCGCCGACGGCGUCACGCUCACGGUGUUCCUGCUCAUGCCCCAGUUCCUGCUCGUCGGGGCCGGCGAGGCGUUCACGUACAUGGGGCAGCUCGACUUCUUCCUGCGCGAGUGCCCCAAGGGGAUGAAGACCAUGAGCACGGGGCUGUUCCUCAGCACCUGCGCGCUCGGCUUUUUCUUCAGCACGCUCAUAGUCACCAUCGUGCACAAGGUCACCGGCCACGGGAGCAACGACGGCUGGCUCGCCAACAACAUCGACCAGGGGAGGCUCGACUACUUCUACUGGUUGCUCGCCGUCAUGAGCGCGAUCAAUAUUGUCUUCUUCACGAUCGCCGCCAGGGGCUACGUGUACAAGGAGAAACGCAUGGCCGAUGCCGGCAUAGAACUCGCUGACGAGGAGGCCAUGAUCGUCGGUCACUGAGGCUGCCCGUGCUGCAUGCAUGUGUCCGUGUAUACACGUGUAGCUCUUUUUUGUUUUUGUUUUCUUUGUCACGUACGUAUGCCAACCCACCAAUUAUAAAUAUGCAAAACGAAAUUUAAUCUUGAAAAAAAGAAAAGAAAGGGCAGCGCUGUCGGCCGGGUGAUAAUCUAAAUAGAUCCACCGCCUCGGUAGCCGUCAGAUGCAUUCUCGAAUAGCCGUCUGGUCUCUCCAGCCUGAAGGCCAGCUUUUGCAACAAGGCUAGUGUUGCGCUUGAUUCUCUGAA